AUGAGGAGGGCCUUGUGGCUGGUGACAUGGUUGGGGAUUGGGAUUGUCCUGCUCAUGCCGCUCCUUCACAUUAGGGUUCAGGGAGCAGAAGACUGGCAUUAUGAUGAAUGUAAGUUGUAUCGAACUGGACCCCCUGCCACCAUUGUCACCAUUGAUGAAGAGAGUCCAAAUGGUACAAUUCUGGUGGAGAACAUGGAGAUUAAUGGUCGAGCGCAGGACCCGGGCCGGACAAUAUCUCUUACUUUACUGGGGAACUAUGACUACUGGGUUAUACUGGACCCUAUCCUCCAGAGACUCUACCUCAACAGCACUGGAAGAGUACUGGACCGAGAUCCCCCCAGAUACAUUACCACUAUAGUGGUUCAGGUUCAGUGCACUAAUGAGCUGGUGGGCACUGUUAUUCUGCAUGAGGUGCGCAUUGUGGUACGCGACAAGAACGACAAUGUACCGCAGUUCCAGCAGCCUCGCUAUUAUGUGGCAAUCAAUGAGCUCACUCCUGUCGGCACCACCAUCUUCACUGGUUUCUCAGGAAACAACGGAGCCACUGACAUUGAUGAUGGACCAAACGGCCAAAUUGAAUAUGGUAUCCAGUACAACCCGAAUGACCCGUUGUCAAACAGGACUGUUCAGGUGGCUAGCACACUGUCUGGUAACAUUGUCCUUGCUGAAAGACUGAACUAUGAAGAAAGGACACGCUAUCUAAUCAUAGUCCAGGCCAAUGUAAGAACUUUUAUAAUUAUUUUAUGUUAUGAUGAUCGUGCUCCAUAUCCAGCCAGCCGGCACACUGCUACCACAACACUGACUCUGGAUGUAUUAGAUGGAGAUGACUUGGGUCCCAUGUUCCUGCCCUGUGUUCUGGUCAAUAACACGCGAGAUUGCAGCCCUGUCACAUACCGUGCUGCUAUUCCUGAACUCACAGACCCGAACAAAUUGAACCCUCUGAAUGUGUCACCACCCAUCCGAGCUGUGGACCAGGACAGGAACAUUCAGCCUCCAUCAGACAGACCUGGCAUUCUCUACUUUAUUCUGGUUGGCCAACCAGCAGUCUACCCGGAGUUCUUUUCUUUGAACAGGACCACAGCAGAGCUCCGCCUUCUAAAGCCACUUAGAAGGGACCUGUACCAAAGCUUCAACCUAGUCAUCAAGGCCGAGCAGGAUAACGGUCACCCUCUGCCUGCAUUUGCCGACCUGAGGAUAGAGGUGUUGGAUGAAAACAACCAUGCGCCGUACUUCCAGCAGUUAUCCUACCAGGGUUUCAUCAGUGAGUUGGCCCCUGUGGGUGGCACCGUGUCAGGAAGGGCGAACCUCACUGCACCACUGGCCAUCAUUGCCCUUGAUAACGAUAUAGAGGAGAGUAAAGACCCACAGGUGAUGAUAACGCUGAGUGACUACAACACCAUCUUCUCUAUCACACCAACUGGAAUCACACGUUACCUUCUGCUGCUCAGACCUGUGGACAGAGAGACAAAGACAAACUACACCUUCACAAUGGUGGCCUCUGAUGGUGCACAGCAGAGCAUGCCUGUAACCGUGAACAUCCUGGUUAUUGAUGCUAAUGACAACACGCCCACCUUCUCUCAGGUCUCCUACAACAUAGAGGUGUUCACUAACAUGCAGGCUGGAGAGACUGUAAUACAGUUAACGGCUCAGGAUGCUGAUGAGGGUCUGAAUGGACUGGUGACCUACACCAUCUUGGCAGGAGAUCAGGGAGAUUUUGUCAUUAAUAACCAUACAGGUCGAAUCACCAUAGCUCCAGGAGUGAAUCUGAGCGUGGGACGCUUCUACGCCCUAACUGUCAGAGCAGCUGAUAAUGCACCUGAGGCUGAGAGGAGGAGUUCCAUAACUACAGUUUAUAUUGAGGUUCUACCUCCUAAUAACCAGAGUCCUCCACGCUUUCCACUGACAACCUACAACCUCGAGAUCAGUGAGGCCAUGAGGAUAGGAGCCAUCCUCCUCAAUCUGCAGGCGAUAGACCGUGAGCUAGAUCCAAUUACAUACCGUAUUCUGAGUGGAGAUCCACAGCAGAUGUUCAACCUCUCUCAAACUAUAGGUCUACUGAUCUUAGCAAAGGCAUUGGACAGAGAGACCGUUGACCAAUACCUACUCAUUGUGACCGCCUCUGAUGGACAACCAGGAGGGACAUCCACUGCUACUGUCAGUGUUGUGGUCACAGAUGUCAACGACAAUGACCCGACCUUUGACCUCACCUUGCCUCAGAACUUGACUGUACAAGAGGAGAGCGCCAAUUUGUAUGUGGGUCAAGUUAGGGCCACAGAUCCAGAUUUUGGGCUGAAUGGUCAGGUGCGCUAUCAGCUCCUCACUCACACAUCACUCUUCAGUAUUAACUCUAACGGCAGCAUAUUCACGGCUGUGCCUCUGGAUCGGGAAACUCAGAGUCAGUAUGAAGUGGUGGUAGAGGCUUCAGACGGGGCAGUGGACCCUCGACGCACAACCCUCACACUGCUGGUGCAAGUGUCAGACAUCAAUGAUAACAGCCCUGUCUUUUCCCAGCCAUUUUAUGUUGUCAAUGUACCUGAGAACACUCCAGCCGGAACUGUCAUCCUGCACCUUAAUGCAACAGAUGUAGAUCUGAUCUCUAAUAUAACAUAUAGGAUAAGGACAGAGGAAGCACAGCAGCUCUUUGCAGUGGAUAGGAUCACUGGAGCUCUGUCAGUGCUGCAUUCUAUGGACUUUGAAGCUUUGGGUCAAGAUGAUGCUAACUACACAUUUCAGGUGGAGGCACUAGAUUAUGAAGGCAUCCUGCCCCCUGGAAUGGCUACAGUUACAGUGAAGAUUACGGAUAUGAAUGAUUAUACUCCAGUCUUCGCUCGGCCUCUUUAUAAAGGCAUGGUGGCUCCUAAUGCUGAGAAGGGAACGUUAAUCACAACAGUGUUUGCAACUGAUCAAGACCCUCCUGGGACACCAGCCAGCAGGGUGCGGUACAGAGUGGACCAGGAGCAGUCUCCCUACAGUGGCAGCAUCUUUGAUGUAGAGGAGACCUCUGGCAGAGUCGUCACUAAAGUGAACUUGAAUGAGGAGCCCAGCACUACUUUUAGACUGAUAGUGAUCGCUUUUGAUGAGGGUGAGCCAGUGAAGAUGAAUACAACGCUUGUGGAGAUCACUGUCCUGCAGCCUUCCAGAAUACCAGUCUUUACAGAGGAGGAGUACUGGUUCAGCCCGGUGAGUGAGAACGCUCCGAUCGGCCGGGCUGUAGGAAUGGUUCUUGCAGCGGCUGCAAACACCACUGUGUUCUACUCCAUCGUGGGAGGCAAUGAGGGGGGCGAGUUUCGAGUGGAUAAUCGCACCGGAAUGAUUUACACUGCAAAGCAGCUGGACUACGAGACACGCACCAGCUAUGAGCUCCGACUGCAGGCCGACUCUCUGGCUCUUGUCCUGGCCAACCUGCGUGUGCCUUCCAAAAUGAACACAGCCAAGGUGUUUAUCAAAGUGCAGGAUGAGAACGAUCAUCCUCCAGUGUUCACCGAGUCCCUGUAUAUCGGCGGAGUAACUGAAGACACUAAGACUUUCACAUCAGUCCUGAAGGUUAUUGCUAUAGAUAAAGACACAGGGAACUACAGUAAGAUGGCAUACAGGCUGAUCAUCCCCCCUACUCCAGAAGGUCAGGACAGCUUUGUCAUCGAGCAAUACACUGGCAUCAUCAAAAGUGCCAUCAUGUAUCGCAACAUGCGCCGCUCUUACUUCAAAUUCGAGGCUAUUGCCACUGAUGACUAUGGAAAAGGUCUGAGCAGCAGCACUGAAGUGGUGGUGUCUGUGGUGAAUGCAUUGGACAUGCAGGUAGUGGUGUCCAAUGUGCCGCCUACUGUAGUGGAAGAGAACAAAGAGCAACUCGUCAGCAUUCUCGAACGAUAUGUACAGGACCAAAUCCCUGGAGCUAAAGUGAUCGUGGAAUCCAUCGGACCACGGCGGCACGGAGACGGAUAUUCAUUAGAGGACUACAGCAAAUCAGACCUGCAGGUGUACGCCAUCGACCCUCUCACAAACAGGGCAAUAUCUCGACAAGAGCUCUACAAGUUUCUGGAUGGUAAGAUUCUAGACAUUAAUAAAGAGUUCCAGCCAUAUCUAGGUGAAGGUGGGAGGAUUUUGGAAAUCCGCUCACCAGACAUUGUGGCUUCGGUGAAGAAAGCUGCUCAGGCUGUGGGCUACACAGAGGGGGCACUACUCGCACUCGCCAUCAUCAUCAUCCUCUGCUGCAUCCCUGCCAUCCUCCUCAUCAUGAUCACCUACAAACAAUUCAAAGAGAAACAGGCUGAGUGUGCCAAAACUGCCCGUAUCCAGAAAUCACUUGCUGCUUCAAAAUCUGCUGCUGCUCCAGCUCCGGUUUCAGCUCCAGUUUCGGCUCCAUCCAAUCUCUACGAGGAGCUUGGGGAUGGCAAAAUGCGUGGAUAUGGCAGAGAGCAACAGCAGCUGCUGAGGCCAUCUUUGCUCAGGCCGGAGGCACUUUCUAUGGAGUCGGGUAUUGACCCCGGGCAAGACUACUAUGCACAAGACUAUUACAGCUAUGAUCAAGGGUAUGAGCCGUAUCCUCCUUAUGGCAGCCGCAGGAGGUUGAUAUCUCCCAUGUACGAUGAAUAUGGAGAGGCCAUAAUGGACGACGAUAGCUACUACUACAGUGCUUAUGGUCCAGAGGCUGUCAGAAUGAAGCAGAUGAAGUUAAUUUUGGAGAAAGAGGGUGAGUCAACGACUACAGGCGAGGACAGUGGUCCAGACAUCCAGCGAAACCGUCUGCCUAAUGUUAAUUGUCAAAGCAACAUCAAUGGUCCAGUGUACCUGGCACAAAAUGGUACAAUCAUUAGAACCCGACGGCCACCUUAUCCUAAUAACAUAAAACAUUUUUCACCUGGGCGGUUAGGAAAACAGUUCAAGAAACUGGACAAGUUAGGAGUCACACAGGAGGAACAUUUGCCUUUAAAUAGUACAGUGGAUAAUGAACCUACUAUAGGAACCACUGCUACACUUUCAUCUAUGACUAACAACAACCUUGACACCAGGCCCUUAACCUGGUCCAUAGUGUCGAGUACAGGGCCAAAGUCCAACAUCAUUAAAGCGCAUUUGGACCAUGAGCAGGGGUCCUAUCAGGUGCAGGAACAGGAGUCCAGAGUGGACAAUGAGGAGGUCAAGGAGACUUUUGAGUGUCCAAGUGAUCAGACACUGUCAGAUGAGGAGGAGUUGUGGAUGGGCCCCUGGAACAACCUUCACAUACCAAUGACAAAACUUUGAUAUCUCUGAUAUUUUAUUUCUUGUACUUUGGUGAAUUGUUGUUUUGUUUUGUUUUGAUUUCUCUUUUCUCAAACUGAAGUGACUGAGCAUAUAAGCAUAAUCAACUCUCCAUGAUUAUUGCCCCCCGGGAAAAAAAAAAAAAGGGUUAGAAAAAAUCCACCUUUUGGUGAAGUAGCCUCAUCUCGCACUGAAGAAAAAUGAGAAAAAAAUACAACCUUGAAUUGAAAUAAAUUUAUUCAGAGAAAAA